GAGCGCCGCCUCAAGGACCUGGUCAAGAAGCACUCUGAAUUCAUCUCCUACCCCAUCUCCCUGUGGACUGAGAAGACCGUGGAGAAGGAGGUGUCUGACGAUGAGGAGGAGGAGGCGAAGGAGGUGAAGGAGGGCGAGGUGGAGGAGGUGACCCCCGAAGAUGAGACCAAGGAGAAGAAGGUGGCGCCGCCCUCGGCAGCCUCCACUCCCGCAUCCAGCCCCACAGCCACACCCUGA